AUGAAGCUCGCGGUUUCCACCGUCCUCAUGGUGGCGGUCACCUUGACCCAAGCCCUCGCCGUCGCCGAUGCCGAACCAAAGAGGCGUCGCGGCAACAGCUUCGUCGGCUGGUGCGGUGCCAUCGGUGCCCCAUGCGCCAAAGUCAAGCGUGACGCUGAGGCGAUGCCUGACCCGAAGAAACGCCGUGGCAACAGCUUCACCGGCUGGUGUGGCGCUAUCGGAGCACCUUGUGCUCGCGUCAAGCGUUCUGCCGAUGCCAUCGCUGAGGCCUUUGCCUACCCCGAGGCCGACCCCAAGAAACGCCGCGGCAACAGCUUUGUUGGCUGGUGCGGUGCCAUCGGCGCCCCUUGUGCCAAAGCCAAGCGCGACAUCAUCGAAGUCGGCGAAUCCGUCGAGGAGGCCGUCCACGACGUCUACGCCCGUGAGGCCGAAGCCGAGGCCGACCCCAAGAAACGCCGCGGCAACAGCUUCGUCGGCUGGUGCGGUGCCAUUGGUGCGCCUUGCGCCAAGCGCGACCUCUUCUCUGAGGUCGAGACCGACGUCAGCGCCGAGGAUUCCGAGGACGAAGACGCCAUCUACGCCCGUGACGCCGCUCCCGAGGCCAGACGCAAGAAGAAGGCCAAGAAGCCCAAGCGCAGAGGCCACCGAGGCAACAGCUUCGUCGGCUGGUGCGGUGCCCUUGGUGCUCCCUGCGCCAAAGUCAAGCGUGACGCUGACGCCGUUGCUUUUGCCGAGGCCAAGAAACAGCGUGGUAACUCCUUCACCGGCUGGUGCGGUGCCAUCGGCGCUCCUUGUGCCAAAGACAAGCGUGAAGAGCACGAGAUCCUGAAGACUGACGUCUGCGAGGCCGACGACGGUGAGUGCAAGGCUCUCCGCAACGCAUACGAGGCAUUCCACGAGAUCAAGGCCCGCGACGCUGAGCUUGAGGCUGAGAACUUGGCUUCCAUCGAUGAUGACGACGAGCUCACCAAGCGUGAGGUUGAGGUUUGCAACGAGCCUGACGGCGAGUGUGACCUGGCCAAGCGUGCGCUUGACACCAUCGAGGCCAAGCUCGACGCUGCGAUCAAGGCGCUUUGA